AGUGAAACCUCUGUGUUUGCUUACAAACAGGCUGUAUGGCGACAAGGCAUCCAUUCCUGCCAUCUGUAGGGAAUUUCUUUUAAUUGUAAAUCAUUACAGAGAGCUAAAGUGCCUUUGAAUGCGCCAUGAAGCCGCUGGCUGGGACCAAGAAGCGUCCGAAAGCAGCCGGAGCUGAGGGUGCUCUGUCUCUGCAAGAAGAGCUUGUUGCAGCGAUACACGGAGCAUUUGAAGUGGCUGUGGAGAUCGCAGUUCGAGAGGUGACCAAGCUUGUAGGUCAGGCGACAGGAGACGUCUAUGAACAGAUGCGACGGGAGAACGAGUCCCUCAAACAAAGACUGCAGAGAGCUGAAGCUUUGCUGGACUCUGCGCGCAUGGAGGAGGAAAGAGGUGGCAGCUCUCCUACAAAGCAACUCGUGAAUGUCACUAACCGUGCAGAUCAACCGCCUCAUAUGAAGUACAAUAAAAAAAACCCAAAUCCUAAAGUGGGCAACGUGCACAGUCGCACGGGGGUCAGAGGUCACAAUCCUCCUGCAGGUCGCAGCCGUCCACACCAGCUUCCUGAACCCCAACACACACCUGAGGAGCACAGAUCAGAAGGUGACAUGCAGACACAUGUCAGUGAUGCUGCUUCAGAGGAAAAAGGAGACGAUGGAUGUGCUGUUUCUUGUGAUGCCUUGAUUAAAGAAGCCAGUGAAGAAAACUCCAUUGUGUGUGUGGUGAGAGUAGAAAGCAUCAACCAGCCAUGUCGAGACCUGGCAGGUCAAGAACGCCACUCGCCACCACCUCCCAGUGAGGAUGAAGAGUUCACUUCAAAGCAGGUUACAGUAAAGCAGGAGAGGCAAGAAGAGGAGGAAGAUGAUUUGGCUUGCUGCUUAGACUCGAUCAAAGUGGAGGAUUUUAGUCCGGAGUGUAUGUCAGCGGUGCAGUCCAAAAUGCUGGAGGAGUGGAAACCAGAAGUGCUGGAUAUUCAGAGCCAAGACUCCAACGGUCCUCUGUCCUGCACCAGGCUGGCUCAGGAUCUUCCAUCCCUCUCCUCAGAGUUCCCAAACAUCUUCCAACUGGUAGAACCAGCUCCCGUCCCAGAAGCCCCUCCACAGGUUUAUGGAGUCCAUGUGCGGACCAGCCGCAGCCUCGGCCACACCUUCACCAACCACCACACCUGCAAGUACUGUGGCCAGACAUUCCACCUGCCCAGCUUGCUGCGGCGGCACAACGGCCAGUGCCAGCAGAAGCUCCAGCAGUGUUAUCAGCAACCCGCUGAUGGAAGCAAGAGGACCAGACUGCAGCUUUACCCACCGGGCUGCAGCCCCUUCCAAUGCACGGAGUGCAAGCGAGAGUUCAACCGCAUGGAGAACCUUAAGACUCACCUUCGCAUCCACACGGGAGAGAGGCCGUACACCUGCUCAGUGUGCUCCAAGUGUUUCCGUCACUCUGGGGCGCUAACCAGGCACUUCCGUAUCCACACCGGAGAGAAGCCUUACAUCUGUGGACAGUGUGGGAAGUCCUUCAGGAACUGUGGGGGGCUCAAAUUCCAUCAGCGUUCACACAGCAAGUAGCUACAGUAGAGAUGAAAAACAGCUGAUAUGAUACAAAGAUCAAUAUGUUUAAAUGUAUCAUUUUUAUGUAAAAGUUUGAAGUGGGAUCAUACUUACUGGCUUAUCACAUUUCUGACACACAGUAUUGAUGGCCCACAUACAUUAAUCUAACCUAAAAGGAAUAUCCGCCCUUGUGUUUUCUUUUUCUUGCACGCCUUCUCGGUGAACGAAGAAUCCAAAAACAGAAAAAAUUCUAGAUGGAUUCAGGUCAUAGGGGACCGUGUGUAACAACAGCAAAACUGUAUCAAAACAUCUGUUAAUAAACUCUCACACAACUCACACAGUAUAAUCCAUGUCUCAUCGAUCCAGUCGUAUGUCCAGCACUUCCCUGAUAGUUCUUUUGAACGAGGAACUGAACGGAAAAUAAAACCUAUCCGUGCUCUCUUUAAAGCCAGACUCCACUGACAAAAACAGUAAUUUUACCUCACUGACCUUGUGAGCAGCUGGUCCACUGACUGCUGUCUUGAUCAGUUAAUUGUUAUUGCAUAACUUUGGUUAGUCUGAACUAACCCUUUAAAACACCAAAGUCACACAAUAACACAAACAAACUAUCUGAUUGAGGCAGCGGUGGACCUGCAUGUCCCCUUUUCAGCGAGGUAAAAUUAAUGUUUUUAUCAAUAGAGUCUGGCUUUGAAAAGAGCACAGACAUGUUUCAGUUCCCUGUCCAAAAUGGCUGUCUGUCUGGGAAGUACUGAACAUUCAACCGGAUAAAUGAAACUUGGAUUAAACUGCACAGGUUGUGUGAGAGUUUGUAAAAGGAUAGUUUUGCUGUUGUUAAACGUGGACCCCUAAGACUUUGAUUCAUCAAGACUUAUCUCUGUUUUUGGAUUCUUUGUUCACCUUGCAAGCAUGCAAGAUUUUUUUUAUUAACAAGUUCAAUGUGAAACGCGAUGAGUAACUGAUAACUGACUCAAAUGGAUAUGUAGAGGCUGUUCCAUUAACUGCCAGAUAAUAGGUGACCAAUUCAUAAGAGGGACUCUCCUGUCUGUACUGUUUCACCUUUUUAUAAUAGGUCCUACUUUUAAGGUCACAGGUAUUGUUUUUAAGAGCUCUCAAACUAAAGUAGCACCUCGGCAAAUUAUAGGAACUGUGAAGUGCAUCAUUUUGAAGUCAAAUAAAUUAUUCUGGUACUAAAACAAAUAAGAUCAGCUGUAUUUCAGUGAUGAUGUUCUAUAAAUCAGUGUCCUCAUCAGUAGAAAGACAAAAUAUAGAUACUGUAGCUAUGUGAUCAGCCACAACUGUACAUGACGGCUCAGUAACACUUAUUUAUAUGAAAUGUGUGGAACCUUUUAGUGUUUUCUAAGUGCCAUUUUUUUCUCAACUAGUUUUCUGAUGGCCACCACAGUUUGUGUUCUUAUUUAUGGCGAUCUUGUUUUUCUAAUUGUUUGUGUGCCUCUGUAUCUAAAUAUGCAUUUUAUAUAUGACUACUUGUGUGGAAAAUGUCAUUUAUUUAAUUAAAAGUGUGGAAAUUGCUCAGAAAAUGGACAAAGUAUGACAGCUUUGUUUUAUUGUACCAACAUACCAUGGAGCUGUUGAUACCGGAAAAUGCAUCCAGGCCCA